AUGGGGAAGUCAAUCCGCUCCAAGAUCAAGAAGCGGCUCCGGACGGUGAAGAGGCAGCGGGUGGACGCCAUGCUGGUCACGCCCCGUGAAGAAGAGAAGCAUCAGAAGCUCAUCAAAGUGGCGCAGGGCAAGCAGCUCACGCUCCUGAGGCCAAAGAAUGCCUUCAAGUACCCGGAAUCUGACGAUGCUGUGUUCCCACAGCACGAGGUCAUGAAACCCGUCGACUUCCGCGCCCAGAAUCUGCCCAUGGCAGGCACGGUUUUUCGGGGAAACCGCCGCAAGUACACCAACGAGGAGAAAGACAUGUUGACCAAGAUCAUCAAGGAGAACCACCCAAAGAUGGAGGUGCUGGCAGGAGGCGGCGCGGUGCUGGCCAAGUCGGGGCGCCGGGUCUCGCAGGCGGAGGCGGAGCGGCUGGCCACGAAGAUCCGGAGGCCGGACGUGGCCGAGGCCGUUGAGGCCGAGGCCGCGGAUCCGGGGCCUCCCGCGAGCGAGGAGUCGCCAAUGCAAGAUGCACCACCAGCCGACAUUGUGCCUGACCCUGCAGACGGCAUCGACACCUCCCGGAGACCCGUCCUGAAGGACACGCGGCGCGCCAAGCGGGCUGCGGGCCACAGAAAGAUUGUGCUGGCGAUUGUGCGGAUCCGUUGGUGCGUUGCUUCCGUGAAUAUCUUACUGCAAUCUGCGGCCACAGUCAGGUACAAGUGCCCUUUCCGGAAAGCCUGGGUGGAUGUCAGCGAUGCCGAGGAUCGGCAGCUGAAGGAGGCCUUCGCCGCAUUGGCUCGAGGUGGAGCCCCGGUGGCGCAGUGCAAGCUGGGGAGCCUGCGGUUCCAGACCGACUUCCGAACGAUGCUCCGCACCAACGUCGCGAGCAAGCGCCGCAUGGAGGUUCGGCUGCGGGACGGGGCUCUGCCCUUUGCGCCGCCUGCCGGCGAGGACGCGCCGUCCCGGGCAUCCCUUGGCUUGGAGGAGGAGGCGCCCGAGAAGAUCGCGCCCUGCGACCUGGAGUCCGGGCCCGGCCGAAAAGUUCCCCACCUGGUUCGCCAGGCCUGGGGCCAAGGGAUCGAGGACGGCGUCACCAUGAGUGGCCAGUUCGAGUUCACGAUGCAGGCGUCCGAAAAGGACUGCUUCGGGGAGAUGCUUGCUUGGCAGAUGCACGCUGCUGGCAUCGCGCCACAAUCCCUGGACAACAGGUGCCUGAAAUUCACCGAUGCCAAAGGCACAGAAGCAAUGGGUAACAAGCAGGAGAUCGGGAAGCUGCUGGCCAAUCCUGGGUCUUAUCCGGUGCGGGUCUCCUACUUCCCGCAUCCGGCCUUCAAGUUCGUGCGUCCGGAGAGAGUGCCGGACAUCGAAGUCACGCGCACUCAUUUGAAGUUUGUCCAAGAUGCCCUCGCAGAGCUGGAUGGGAACAUAGACAACGUCAAGCACACUCACCAAAGGAGGACGUUCGAGCGAUACCUCCUCUACCUGGAGGACCACUACUAUCAGACCGGCGACGACCUACAGGAUGCCUUGGAGUGGGAACCGCUGGUGCAGAAGUACGGCCCGCACAUGGAAGGCUACUUCCUGCUCACCAAGAAGACGGGCCCAGGACUGUCGAAGAUACUGCGAGGGGAGAUCGAUGUGCUGGAAUACCUCUUUGGUGGAUAG